GCCUCCCGGCCGCGCCCGCCGGCGAGCAAGAUGAUGUGCGAGGUGAUGCCGACCAUCAGUGAAGCAGAAGGUCCCCCCGGAGGAGGCGGGAGCCACGGGUCCGGCUCCCCCUCGCAGCCAGACGCGGAUUCCCACUUUGAGCAACUCAUGGUCUCCAUGCUGGAAGAGCGGGACCGGCUCCUGGACACGCUGAGGGAGACUCAGGAAACCCUGGCGCUGACCCAGGGGAAGCUGCACGAGGUUGGCCACGAGCGAGACUCCUUGCAGAGACAGCUCAGUACCGCACUGCCCCAGGAGUUUGCGGCACUCACGAAAGAGCUCAAUGUCUGCAGGGAGCAGCUCCUGGAGAGGGAGGAAGAGAUUGCUGAACUGAAGGCAGAGCGGAACAAUACCAGGCUGUUGCUGGAACAUCUGGAAUGCCUGGUCUCCAGACACGAGCGCUCUCUCAGGAUGACAGUGGUGAAGAGACAGGCACAGUCUCCCGCAGGUGUGUCCAGUGAGGUGGAAGUGCUCAAAGCGCUGAAGUCACUGUUUGAACACCACAAAGCUCUGGAUGAGAAGGUGAGAGAGCGACUGCGAGUGGCACUGGAGAGGUGCAGUCUCCUGGAAGAAGAGCUGGGAGCAACACACAAGGAGCUGAUGAUUCUAAAGGAGCAGAAUAAUCAGAAGAAAGUGGCGGCGGGGGGAGUGCCUGACGCAAGCCAGGAGCAGGAGAGCACGCCCAGCACCAAUGGAAAGAGAUCUUCUGACGGCUCCUCCAGCCACGAGGAAGACCUGGCUAAAGUCAUCGAGCUCCAGGAAGUCAUAGACAAGCAAUCACGGGAGCAGAGCCAGAUGAAGGAGCGCCUGGCCACCCUCUCCAGCCAUGUGGCGGAGCUGGAGGAGGAUCUGGACACAGCUAGAAAGGAUCUCAUCAAGUCUGAGGAGAUGAACACAAAACUGCAACGAGAUGUCCGUGAAGCCAUGGCCCAGAAGGAGGACAUGGAGGAGAGAAUCACGACCCUCGAGAAACGCUACCUCGCUGCACAGCGUGAAGCCACAUCUGUGCAUGACCUCAAUGAUAAGCUUGAAAACGAAAUCGCAAACAAAGACUCUCUGCAUCGGCAGACAGAGGAUAAAAACCGGCAAUUGCAGGAGCGCCUGGAGCUGGCGGAGCAGAAGCUGCAGCAGACCCUCAGGAAGGCUGAGACGCUUCCGGAGGUGGAAGCGGAGCUGGCCCAGAGGGUGGCGGCACUCUCCAAGGCUGAAGAGAGACACGGUAACAUCGAAGAAAGGCUGCGGCAGAUGGAGGCGCAGCUGGAGGAGAAGAAUCAGGAGCUGCAGCGGGCGAGACAGAGAGAAAAAAUGAAUGAAGAACAUAACAAACGUCUCUCAGACACUGUUGACAAGCUCCUUUCAGAAUCCAACGAGAGGCUGCAGCUCCAUCUGAAGGAGAGGAUGGCUGCGCUGGAGGACAAGAAUUCUCUACUGCGAGAAGUUGAAAAUGCAAAAAAGCAAUUAGAAGAAACGCAACAUGAUAAGGACCAGCUCGUCUUGAACAUCGAGGCCUUGAGGGCUGAACUAGACCAGAUGAGGCUGAGAGGUGCUUCACUUCAUCAUGGCCGCCCCCACCUGGGCAGUGUCCCAGACUUCAGGUUCCCUGUGGCAGAUGGGCACAUAGAUGCCUACAGCACCAGUGCAGUGUUACGGCGCCCCCAGAAAGGCCGGCUGGCAGCGCUGCGGGACGAACCUUCCAAGGUACAGACUCUCAAUGAGCAGGAUUGGGAGCGUGCCCAGCAAGCCAGCGUCUUGGCAAAUGUGGCACAAGCAUUUGAGAGUGACCUUGAUGUGUCUGAUGGGGAAGAUGACAGGGACACUCUGCUCAGCUCAGUCGACCUGUUAUCACCCAGCGGGCAGGCUGAUGCCCAGACGCUGGCCAUGAUGCUUCAGGAGCAGCUGGACGCCAUCAACAAGGAGAUCAGGUUGAUACAGGAAGAAAAGGAAAACACAGAGCAGCGGGCAGAGGAGAUCGAGAGUCGAGUCGGCAGUGGAAGCUUGGACAACCUUGGUCGUUUUAGAUCAAUGAGCUCCAUUCCCCCCUACCCUGCUUCCUCCCUCGCUGGCUCCUCCCCCCCAGGCAGUGGGCGCUCCACCCCAAGAAGGGUCCCUCACAGCCCCGCUCGGGAGGUGGACAGGCUGGGCGUCAUGACGCUGUUACCAGCUUCCAGGGAAGAGGUACGAGAUGACAAGGCCACUAUCAAAUGUGAAACCUCCCCACCCUCUUCCCCGCGAUCACUGCGGCUGGACAGGCUGCACCGAGGGGCCUUGCAUGCAGCUAGCCAGGAGGACAUCAGGGACAUACGAAACUCCACCGGCUCCCAGGAUGGCCCUGUGAGCAAUCCCAGCAGUAGCAACAGUAGCCAGGACUCACUUCACAAAGCCCCAAAGAAGAAGGGCAUCAAGUCAUCUAUUGGCCGCUUGUUUGGCAAGAAAGAAAAGGGCCGACCUGGACAGACUGGCAAGGAACCUUCAGGACAAGUUGGUGUUUCAGAGACAGAAAACUCAUCUCAAGAUGCACUGGGACUUAGCAAAUUGGGAGGACAGGCUGAAAAAAAUCGCAAACUUCAGAAAAAGCAUGAGUUGCUGGAGGAGGCCCGGCGGCAAGGCUUACCAUUCGCGCAGUGGGACGGACCGACGGUGGUCGUGUGGCUGGAGCUCUGGGUUGGGAUGCCCGCCUGGUACGUGGCUGCCUGCCGAGCAAACGUGAAAAGCGGGGCCAUCAUGUCAGCCCUGUCCGACACCGAGAUCCAGCGGGAGAUUGGCAUCAGCAACCCCCUGCACAGGUUGAAGCUGCGGCUGGCCAUCCAGGAGAUCAUGUCGCUGACCAGCCCAUCUGCCCCUCCCACGUCGAGAACGACCACAGGAAAUGUCUGGUUGACACACGAGGAGAUGGAGACCCUUGCUGCCACGCCACACACGACGCUCGCAUAUGGGGACAUGAACCACGAGUGGAUCGGCAACGAGUGGCUGCCCAGCCUGGGCCUCCCUCAGUACCGCAGCUACUUCAUGGAGUGCCUGGUGGAUGCCAGGAUGCUGGACCACCUGACCAAGAAGGACCUGCGGGGGCAGCUGAAGAUGGUAGACAGCUUUCACAGGAACAGCUUCCAGUGUGGAAUCAUGUGCCUGCGAAGAUUGAAUUAUGACCGGAAAGAACUGGAGAGGAAGAGGGAGGAGAGUCAGAAUGAAAUAAAAGAUGUGCUUGUUUGGAGCAACGAUCGAGUGAUUCGCUGGAUCUUGUCAAUUGGUCUUAAAGAAUAUGCAAACAAUCUCAUAGAGAGCGGCGUUCACGGGGCACUUCUUGCUUUGGAUGAGACCUUUGAUUUCAACGCACUGGCACUGUUGUUGCAGAUCCCAACCCAGAACCCCCAGGCUCGAGCUGUCUUAGAAAGAGAGUUUAACAACCUUUUGGUCAUGGGGACCGACAGAAGGUUUGAUGAGGAUGAUGACAAAAGCUUCAGGAGAGCACCUUCGUGGAGGAAGAAGUUCAGACCAAAGGACGUCCGGGGCUUGGCGGCCGGGUCAGCAGAGACGCUUCCGGCCAACUUCCGGGUUACUUCUUCUAUGUCCUCCCCCUCUAUGCAGCCAAAGAAGAUGCAGCUGGACGGCAGUGUAUCGGGAGCACAGAGGUUGGAUUCUGCUACAGUCAGGACUUACUCCUGCUGAAGCCUCCUCCGUGUACCCGCACUACUUCUACAGAUGACCCAGCCUUCUGAAUCCAGCAGACGACAGUUUAGAAUUCAAUGGAUCUUUAAUCUGUUGAUACUCCUUAUAUGGACCCUAAGAUAUUUUAUUACAGAGUUUUUAACUAGUGAAAAAUUCAAGAAUAUCAUAGAGAAAAUAUUUUAGAAUUUACUGUUUCUUAUAUUUAUGUGAACUCCGCUCCUCCUGGCGUAGUUACUGCUUCCCCCCGGGUCCAGACUCUGGGUGCCCUCCCGUUCGUGGCUUAUCCUAAUGGCAGUCCUUCACGUGAAUGUACUGUAAUGCUUGUAUGUAUUGAUCCUAUGAACAAAUGUAGGGCUUUUGUAAAUUAUGCACUUAUUGUAAUUAUACUGUUUAAUUUUUUAAUGAUAAACCAGGACAGAGAGAAGGAUUUUACUGCGUUUAUAAAAUCAACGUGACACAGCAGUGUCAUAGCAUUACCAGCUCACACAAUCAUUUUGAAAUAAGCAGACUUCAUUUCAAGCGAUUACUGUUGGAUUUUAAUGACCAACCUUAACUAUACUUUUUCUAUCAAGAAAUCUCAGCUUCUGAUAAACUUGGGGCUGAAGGGUUGAGAACACUGUGGAAGUCCCCAGCCCUGGCUCAGCUUCCCUGCCCAGUCUCUGGACUUGAAGGCUUGCCCUGGCACUGACUGCAGCUGGGAGCCACAGGGAGCCGCUCAGCGGGACCUGGGGCCUGGGGCACCUCCGUCCAGGCAGCAAGUGGGGGCGCCCUCCAGCUGCUCUUGAGGACCAAUCCAGCACUGUGGCUCGCUGGCUCCCAGAGGUGGUCUCCUGGCGAGGGCGAGGGCGAGGGCAGGGCUCCUGAAACCGCGUGCAACUCUAACAAAGGCCUUAUUUUUCUUGUGUAAAUCUUGUUUUUACAUUUGUUUGUACACAUGUUUAAAGAAUGAACCUCGUGGUGCAUUUUUAGACUUGGAUGGUGUAGCCAUUUUGCAUUGUCUGAGUAGCAGAUGUAACUUACUUUUUAAACGGCACAUUAAAAGCCAGCCCGGAGAGUCAGAUCAUGGUGUUAUUUAUUAGCAGCUGAUGUGCAGAUGGAGGGCGCUGUCUCUUUACAUUUGGCUUCUGCUUUUGAUUCACUUGUACAAUUCAUUGUUACUGUUGUGUUUUUCUAUUAAUCUUUUGUGGACUUCCUGAUUAUGUAACAAAGUAUGUACAGUCUACUUUUGAACUAUUUUUAUCACAGUAUUAUUUAUUGCUUUCUUUCAAUAAAGUACUGAAGCAUUUUCCACUGCCA